GACGGAAUCGAUUCAGGGAGGUGUAGGAUGUGGACUCCGGUCACCGGCGGGCGGGAGAGAUGGAAUUAUUUUGAACCCAGGGAUUUUUCUUUUGUCAGUUGUUAGUUAAGGAAAAUCUACGAUGGAUUGGAGGCAACACAAGUGGGCAUAUGGGGAGCACGGACUGGACGUAAUAGGACGAAGAGAGAUAAUUCAAUCCCUCGUGACUCUUGCCCAAAGACAGCUUCGCAAGUUGAACCUCCGGUGGUGGGAAUGACGAGCUGGACAGCGAUGCGAACAAGGCUCUCGCUGGCAGUCGGCCAACGCGCCGUGGCGCAGGAAGUUAAGAGGUGCAGCGUUGCAAGCAACUUGCGCCAGCAGCAAGAGCUCCAUUUUGAAUCAAUCGAGCCUCCACGACCCGCGAAAGCCCACUUCCUUGUUGCCCUGGGGCCGGACAGCAAACGACAACAACAAAACGAACCAAUCGAGCGACUAGUUUCCCUUCCGUUUUCAUAUACAGAGCAUAUCAAGAUGUCGGGCAGAUACGCUUUCGCCAAGGGCCUCAAGGAGGUUCGUUUCCUCUUCUGCCAGACUGGUGAGCACAGCGCUGCUACUCGGUCUUUCCUUAGCCGCGCAUACCCCAUCAUGAAGAAGAACAACCCAUCGACACCCAUCAUGCUCCGCGAGGCCCAGGGCACACUCCCCAAGAUCUAUGCGAGAUAUGGACUUGGUCAGGAGAAGAGCCAGUCAUUAGAAGGACUUUCCGACAAGCAGAUCGAGGAUGCCGUCACACAGCUCGUCAAGAACGAGACUUCAUAA